AUGGCCGGAAAGGGGAAAGGACGAGCAAUUGGGAUCGAUUUGGGGACGACAUAUUCGUGUGUGGCGGCGUGGAAGCACGACCGCAUUGAGAUUAUACCAAACGAUCAGGGCAACCGCACCACGCCGUCUCAUGUAGCUUUCACCGCCGCCGAACGUCUCAUCGGUGACGCCGCUAAGAAUCAAGUCGCUGAAAAUCCUAUCAACACUGUUUUCGAUGCAAAGAGGUUGAUCGGCCGCAAAUACAGUGACUCAACGGUGCAGAAAGACAUGAUAUUUUGGCCAUUCAAGGUUGUUCCUGGUGCUGAUGAUAAGCCUACAAUUGUAGUAACUUACAAAGGAGAGGAGAAAAAGUUUUCGGCUGAGGAGAUCUCGUCAAUGGUGCUUACUAAGAUGAAGGACAUUGCCGAGGCAUAUCUUGGAUCUACUGUCACGGAUGCUGUGGUAACUGUCCCUGCUUAUUUCAAUGACUCUCAGCGUCAGGCCACCAAGAAUGCUGGAACCAUUGCUGGACUUAAUGUUAUGAGGAUCAUCAACGAGCCUACUGCUGCUGCCAUUGCAUAUGGACUGGAUAAAGGGGGUUAUGUGGCGAAGAAUGUGCUGAUAUUUGACCUUGGUGGUGGAACGUUCGAUGUGUCUGUGGCAAUGAUUGAGGCUGGGGUUGUUGAAGUGAAGGCUAUUGCUGGCGAUACUCAUCUUGGAGGCCAAGACAUGGACAACAGGAUGGUGAAUCAUUUGAUGAAAGAGUUUAAAAGCAAGACGGGCAAGGAUAUUAGUGGGAACUCAAGAGCAGUCAGGAGAUUGAGUAGUGCUUGUGAAAGAGCCAAGAGAAUCCUUUCCUCAACUUUUGAAGCUCGAAUUCAGAUUGAAUCGUUGUUUGAGGGGAUUGAUCUUUUUACUGUUGUUACUCGUGCUAAAUUCGAGGACCUUAACAUGGAUUUAUUCAAGAAGUGUAUGGGAUUGGUUGAGAGUUGUCUGAUUGAUGCAAAGAUGGAGAAGAGCAGCGUUGAUGAGGUGGUUCUGGUGGGCGGAUCAAGUAGGAUUCCCAAGGUCCAGCAGAUGUUGGAGGAAUUGUUCGGUGGGAAGGAGGCAUGCAAGACAAUUAAUCCAGACGAAGCCGUGGCAUAUGGUGCUGCAGUGCUGGCUGCCAAGUUGAGUGGUGAAGGCAGUGAUAAGGUGAAAAAUGUGGUUCUUUUGGAUGUUACUCCUUUGUCUCUUGGUAUUCAGUGCAAUGGAGAUGUGAUGAGUGUUAUUAUUCCGAGGAACACACCUAUCCCAACUAGGAGACAGAGAAAUGACUUUUCAACAGCGGUGGACAACCAAACCAGUGUGCCGUUUCGGGUGUACGAGGGUGAAAGAAGCAAGGCAAUCGACAACAAUCUGCUAGGUGAAUUCAGCCUCGAAGGCAUUCCAGCAGCACCCAGAGGUGUUGCUAAAUUCAACGUGUGCUUUUACAUAGAUGAGAACGGUAUCUUGAAUGUAUCAGCGGAGCACAUAGGGACUGGAGCGAAGAACAGCAUUACUAUCAUCAACGAAAAGGGCAGGCUGUCUAAGGAAGAAAUUGAGAGGAUGAUUAGGGAUGCGAAGAAGUACAAGUUUGAGGAUGACGAGUUUAGGGAGAAGGCUAAGGUUAGGUUAGCUUUGGAGAACUACGCCUACGACAUGAGGAACACCAUCAGAAGUGCAGCAAUGGUCACAGCAGCAGACAAGAUGAAGAUUGAGUAUGCUUUCGAAUCUUUCACACAGUGGUUGGCCUCCAACAAACACGCAGAGGUGUAUCAUUUUAACAACAAGAUGGAGGAGCUCCGGACUGUUUUCAAUCCCAUCAUCGCCAAGAUGAAAUAA